GCUUGAAAGGGGCAGUCGCAGGCUGAGUUUAACAGGGGAAUAAGAUAAUUGAUUUUGCGUGAGUGUGCGUGAGAACAGGAUAUCCUAUUGAAAGUCGGUGGCGGUGCGAGGAUCUUCUAUUACACGCAUCAACAGGUUAUCCUAUUGGAGUGUGCUUAGCUGUCUGUUUAUAGCACAGUUUGUACCUGUACCUGUACCUGUUUGUACGUUUCAGGUUAACUAAGACUGGACUGUGAAGUGGACGAUCAUAUUUUGAAUUCAGCGAUACGUGGUCUUGCAAAAGUGGAACAAAGACUUCUGAAAAAAAUUGUUUUGUGUCAUAAAAUUCGGCACUUGAAAGAGGACGACGCUGCUUUGACAACAACUGAAAAAGGCGCACCGAAUAUGGAGCAGCAAACAAAACUAAAAAAAUAAAAUAAAAGGUAAAAUAUUGAAGCACUGACUAUUUCGGAGCAACAAAACUACAGCCACUGAACCGCGGUAAACCAAAGCACCUAAUUAAGUGUCACUGUUGAUGUUUCUGACCCCGAUGAGUUGGCGACCGGCGUUUUCAUGUAUUGCCAACAACGAAACCAAGGUCCUAUGAACAACUAAAUGCAUAGAUGGUUCCGAACAAGUGGACUAUGAACUCAGUUCUGCAUAGAUACGGGUCUCCUCCCAGGAGCUGGCUUGGUCUCCGUUUGCGGCUCAACGAGAAGUUUUCGCAGGAGGAGAAGAGCGCGAUGUGCCAGCACCCUGACUGCCCAGACCACCGCAGGGCCGCAAAGGUGUGCCACCACCCAGACUGCCAGGACCUGAACAACCAGAGCCCUCUCAGCCUGUGCGAGUCAUGUGACACCCGUCGGCACCCGGAGGAGUCGGACAGCAUGCACUUUGACCGACACCCUCGCUUUGACCUGCAGCCGCAAGGUUCGAUCCUGGCUCGGAACGUGUCCACGCGCUCCUGUCCCCCCCGCACCUGCCCCCCCUCUGACCUGGAGGAGGAAGAGGAUGGGGGCAGUGACCGAGGCAGGGAUCGUAAAGCAGGGGGACUGAAAAUGACCAAGAAGAAGCCCAGGAGACGUCACACAGACGACCCAAGCAAGGAGUGCUUCUCCCUGAAGUUCGACCUCAGCGUGGACAUCGACACAGAAAUAGUUCCCGCCAUGAAGAAGAAAACACUAAGGGAGGUGCUGGGACCCGUGUUUGAGCGGAAGGGCAUCGAGCUGUCCCAGGUGGACCUGUUCCUGGCCCAGUCCAACACCCCGCUCUCCCUCAACUUUGAGGCCUACCGGUUCGGGGGUCAUUACCUGAAAGUGAGAGCGAGGCCGGGGCAGGAGCUGAAGGUGGAGCAGGAGCUGAAGGACUUGCGUUCUCUCAGUCUGCCCCUCAUGAAGGCGGGGGGCAGCCUGUACAUCCUGACCCCCGGGAGCGAGAGGGUGGAGCACGGGUCCCUGGGCCGACAGGAGAACGUCGACGUGCUGGGUCAAGCACGUCGUCGGAAGAACAUGACAGAGUUCCUGGGAGACUCCAGCAUCCCGUCCCCGGACUCGCUGGCCCAGCUGGGCGGGUCUCUCCCCAGCACCGGUCCGGACAGCUGGAAGAACCGGGCCGCCAGCCGCUUCAGUGGGUUCUUCAGCUCCGGCACCGUACCCUUCGGCAAGGAGGUGGACCGUGUGGAGCAGCUCCAGAGUAAGCUGCACUCCUACAGCGUGCUGGGUCUGCCCAAGGUCCCCCCCCAGCUCUCCUUCCACCACGACUCCUGGGAGGAGGAGGACACCAACCUGGACCUGGAGGAGAGCUGGCAGAGCCUGCUGGAGAACCCUGAGGCGCUGACCAGGCUGCAGUCCCAGCAGCAGGAGGCGAUCUGGGAGCUGCUGCAGACCGAGGCCACCUACAUCAAGAGGCUGCGCGUCAUCACCGAUCUGUUUCUCUGCGGGCUGCUGAACCUGCAGGACAGCGGGCUCCUGGUGGAGGUGGAGCCAGCGCGGCUCUUCAGUAACAUCCAGGACAUCGUGCGGCUGCACACGGCGCUGUGGGCCCAGGUCCUGCUGCCCGCGCUGGAGAAAGCCAGGGAGAGCCGGGCCCUGCUGGACCCCACGCACCUGCACCAGGGCUUUCAGAGCAUUGGCUCCAGGCUCAAGCCCUACAUCCAUUACUGCAUGGAGGAGGAGAGCUGCAUGGAGUACACGAGGAGCCUGCUGAAGGAGAACGAGCUCUUCAGGAUCUUCGUCACGUGGGCAGAGACUCAUAAGCAGUGCAACCGUCUGAAGCUGACGGACAUGUUGGCCAAGCCCCACCAGCGCCUCACCAAGUACCCGCUGCUGCUGAAGAGCGUGCUGAAGAAGACAGAUGAUCCGGCCACACGCGACGCUGUCAGCAACAUGGUGGCCCACGUGGAGGGCUUCAUCAACAGCGUGGACUCCCAGAUGCGCCAACGUCAGGAGAAGCAGAAGCUGGCCGCCAUCUCCAGCCGCAUAGAGUCCUACGAGGCUGUGGAGGGGGGCAGCGAGGAGGUGGAGAAGAUCCUGCGGGAGUUCAGCUGCUUCGACGUGACAGCCCCCAUGAUGGGCACCUCCUCUGAGGAGACGCGGGAGCUGCACCUGGAGGGGGCGCUGCGCAUGAAGGAGGGCAAGGAGAGCAGGAUGGACGUGUACUGCUUCCUGUUCACGGACCUGCUGCUCAUCACCAAGUCGGUGAAACGUGUGGAGAAGGUUAAGGUGAUCCGACAGCCUCUGCUCAUCAACAACGUGGUGUGCCGGGAACUCAAGGACCCUGGCUCCUUCCUGCUCAUCUACCUCAAUGAGUUCAACAGCGCCGUGGCGGCCUACUCCUUCCUGGCCAACAGCGCCACCCAGGGGCGUAGCUGGAUAGACGCCAUCUACAAUGUCCAGAAUCGGCUCAAGAAGCUCCGCUCCGAGGAGCACGUACGGCAGCAGGUGACGACCCUUCAGGAAAGACCGGAGGAGGAGGAAGAGAGCAGCAACUCCACCGGCAGCUCCCCCUGUCUGCCACACAAGGAACAGCAGAGUGGAAGCCAAUCAGAAGGCUCGACUGAGACCUUGUCAGUGGCCAUAAUAGAGGAGACCAAUGAGACGGAGGAUUCAUUGUCCUUCCACACGGAACUGGGAGAGUCUUUUGGUUCUGGCUCCUUCUCGGAGGCAGAGACCCCGUCCCGCCAGCUGGACUCCAAACCCAACCGCCUGCACCGGCUCUUCUGCACAGAGGUGGGGGUGAAGCCUGAAAUGGACACCCAGUGCCGCUCCCUCUCCAUGGACAGUGCAUACGGGACCCUGUCCCCCGAAUCCCUGCUGAGAGAGCUCCACCUACAGGACAGACCUGGUCAUAGCGAAGGGGAGGAGACUGAGGGUGAGGAGCCAGAACCAGAGGACGAGGAGGAGGAGGAAGAGGAGGACCUGUCGUCCAAUGGUUCCCAGGUCUCAAUGCAAAGCUCCCUCAGGCUUCGGCGACGGCCCCUGAUGCAGGCCCGCCCCCGCUGCCUGCAGGUGUUUGCCCACCGCUCACAGUCUGAGGACAACCUGCUACGGCGGCUGCACCACCCCGUGUCUCCAGGGGGCGCUCCUGUGAGGGGAGAGAAGGGCGUCAGCAAGUCCCUGUCCCUCCUCUCUAAGAAGGCCUCCAAGAGCAGCGAGCUCCUGGGUCAGCCGGACAAGAAGGGGCGGACUGGGGGCAGCAAUGAACGCCUCUCCCAAAGUGCGCCCAUGGGGAAACUGACCAACAUCCUGAGAAAGGCCAAGGCCCGGCAUGUGGAAAGGGUCCAGCCCAAUCACAGCAGCCGGAGCUGCCCCUGCAGCCGAGCCAGCAGCAGUGGGUCGGACUGUGAGGCGUUGCCCUCUGCUGGGCAGGAGGGGAACUGUAGCCUGGCGGACAGUGGGGAAGGGCAGGUCUGCAAGGACACCAGGACGGACGGGAAGUCGAAAGGCCUGCCCCGCCUCACCGCCCAGCAGCACAAGAAGCUGACGCUAGCCCAGCUGUACAGGAUACGCACCACACUGGUGCUCAACUCCACGCUCACCGCAUCGGAAGUGUAGUCCAACUGGGGAAUGACCAGAUGCCAUGGCCAAACCUCCAGAUGGAACUACAGAAGGAGAGUUCUUGGACUCCGUGGGACUGAAUUCCCUGCGACACCGAUGCACUCUUGAGUGUUAAACGUGCCUGACUCCCUCCCUUCCCGUUUAAGACUGCGCAGACUGACAUGUCCUCAUAGCCUCACGAUUACAGUGAUGAUUAAUAAUAAUAUUAAUUAUUAUUAGGUUGCAUUGAUUUGGCGUUUGCUAUGGGAGGGAGCAGCCAGGGAGUUGAAUUGUUUGCACUUUGUAGCAGUGUGGGGGUGUGAAUUCGGACACUGAGAGAGACCGGAAGGUGCCCAGGACAGUACUGAAGCCCCAAAGCGAUUGGGUAAACGGGCGGGAGAGAGGGGACCGCCCCACCUCCAACACUGACAGGAGCAUGGCCCUGUAGGACACCACUGCGCUUGGGAGAAGUGGAGAACAGGGCCAGACGCUGACUUUGAUGUGCAUAAAGGACCAUACAAAAACACCAUCAACAGCAACUUCACAAAUGCUGUUAUGAACCUGUAGCACCUUGGAUUCAUUUUUUUUUUUCUUUUUACUUUUCCCGUCAUUAAAAAAAAAAAACAUAAGGAUGUUUGUGGAGGGGAUUCAGAGAAAAAUGUAUUGUGUAAGAGUGCACUCCAUACUGUGCGUAUGUGCGUGUGUUUGUGUGUUUGUGUGUGUGUGUGUGUGUGUGUGUGUGUGAGAGAGAGAGAAGGACACAAAAAAUGAUAAGCACUCAAAUUAUAACUGAACUAAAGGAACUGGGUUAUCUUUGGUUUGUACCACCAAAACUGCCACAUUGCCCCAGAGUACUGCAGGAACUACCCAUAAUUACCAUGGGGGGGGGGCGCAAGCGCAAUCAAGCAUGAUGCAGCUUACCAUCACACUGUGUUUGCGGUGCUGUACUGCUCAGCCACACCUUUCUUCCUCAUAUGCUGGGUGAGGCAACGCUUCUUGGAAGGACAUUCUCAGUCACUGAUCGAUCUGAUCCAAUCAAAAGGCUUUAUCAGUGAAUCAAACCACUUUGAUUAGUUCAAACGGAUGCCAUUGAUGACACCUUUGGGCCUCUGCCCACUAAAUGACCUUUAACCCUCACUCACACAGAAAAACAACGCCAGCUAAAGCUCCAAUUUCUCAGUGAUGUCAGGUGACUGUAUGCAGUGCCAGCCCAGUUUUAAAUGAGACUUGUGACUUGUAACUCUGCAGUUAUUUGGAACCAUAUCCGAGUGAACAGGGUGAGAUGAAGUGGUUGAGUUGCGGGAAGUUGAUUAUGAAUCCCAUAUUUCCAGAAAAUGGGCUUGGCCAACCCCCGGGCCUGUUGAGAAAAGAUGUGGAGAUCAAAGGAAGCUAACAGCACAGGAUGCAUUACAAAGAAUGGGUCAUGCCUUUUUAAAAAAAAUCAUACUUGCAGAACAUUGACCUAAUGUUUGGCUUGGGUUUUGUAACUAACGUGAGCAAUGUGAAAAUGAGGGAUUUUAAGGAAGUUUCUUUUGGAGCAGAGAACAUUUUGACCUUUUCCCCAUUUCUUGGGAUUUUUCACCCUUUGCGAUGCUUUGCAGAUUGGUUGUGUCAGUCAUAUAGUAUUAUUGCAAGUUCUCCUGUGAAUCUUUGUUUGAAUUACCGGGUCUGUAGUCAACAAUAGCGAAGGCAAUGCAGUUACUGAACACUAGAGACUGAGAACAACACUACUGGAGUUAAGUGAAGGUCUUGCUGUCUCCGUGUGGUUCUUUGAGGAACAGUGCGAUUGGGGAAACCACAGAAAUGCUCUGAGCUUAAAGCAGGAAGGGGUGACUCAGUCCACACAUUAAGUGCUAUGGCCUCAACUUUCAAAUAUCAGUUUUCUUUGUUCUUUUUAAUCUAACAUUUAACAAAAAAUGCUGUGUGAUUUACAAUUAACGGUGCCUCAAAGUUUAACAUCAAGGCCGAAACAUCUUUGUUGGAUUGAGUCAUCUCCGAAAUGUGUUAUCCUUUGAGAACUAAUGGUGGGGGUAGUGGCGUGUGUCACACAAAGCCUGUAUGGUCAGGUUUAAUAACACCGAGCGGAUAUACUGAGAGGAUCCCUUUAACUUCCUGUUGUAAUGUUUCCCGAAACUAAUGGUUUCAACCCUGUUUUUCUGUCAUUUUGUGUAUGUCAUAUUUAUUAAGCUUGCUUUGUUUUAUAUUAAAUAUAUGGUUUAUGUUAUUUGGAUGCAUACUUGUGACAUCUCUGUAUGUUUGUUGUUUGUGUUUAACAUACAUUAUUUUUCAUGUGUCAAAUGAUAAACUCAAAUCUGCUUAGAAAACAAAACGUGCUCCUUAUGCCUCAUAGGAGUGACUUAGUCUUAAAUCAACAAAAACUUCCAUUAUUUGUGAGUUUUGUAAUGUUGUGUACAUUAAUGUACUUUAGCAUUGUUAACAAUGCAUUAUGUCAUGCAGAAUUUGUUUUGUUGGCUAAACUUCAUUGAUUCUGUUGAUUUGUUAUGAGUUAUAGUGCCUCAACGGUGAUUGCCAAAAAUGUGUAUUUGCAAAACAAAGAUAAACCAGGUGAUGAUAAAAUACACAAUACACGCCUUGAAAAGGUCCAAAAACUCUCCAGCAAAAUUAUUAAUAAAAUAGGAAAGAGGCUGUGAUCAAAAAAAGUUUUUCAAUACCUUUGGCUGUUGAAAUUCAUGUCUAUUUCCUCUCAAUAUUUGUAUGAAUUUGAAUUGAAUUGACGGCAGAAUGCCACCAUGGCACUGUAUGUUACCAGUGCAUUAAAACAGCCCAUUAAAACCAUUAUUGAUCAGA